UACCAACAGAUAAUACCCUACAUAAAAAAGAAUUCACUGCGGUGUGUCUGGUGUCGUCAUCACGCCGCCAAGUAGGUGGGGGUGACGUAUAGAGCAGCCCUCCACCCCUCCCUUGGUCAGUUCUUCUCGCGGAUGCUGCGACCGAGCUCCUGUGCGCGCGGGCUCUCGGAGCGGCUCAACCCCUCCUCUUCCUCCUCUUCCAAAGAUGUCGCAUGAGCUUCUCCUCUCACCGCGGCGUUUCUUUUCUUUUCUUCUUUUCUUUAUCUCUCACUGCCCUGAACAGUUAGCCGAAUUCGGUCAAAUUAGCAGCUCUGACUCCCGGGAGCAACUAUCUCUCGUCUAGACGCAUGGACUGCCCCCCUCCCCACCACGGAGGUGUUUAAACCCUCAGCCACGCGCAUCCUCUCUCUCUCUCUCUCUCUCUCUCUCUCUCUCUCUCUAGCGUUCGCUCACUCUCUCCCUUCAACCGCCGCAGAACUCCGCCGACCAACCGUCAGGUGACCGCGCGGAGCGGAAUAUUCAUCAGCACCGUCGUCGUCUUUCAUCCCUUCACUCCUUUGGACUCCAGGCUGCUGUCGCAGCCCCGGCCCCCCCGUAUCCUCUCAUCCGGUUUGGGACGUUCUCCGCUCCACGCACACGCAGAUUAACGGGGAUUCUGCCUCCCCGCCCGCGCGCUGAUGCUGAUGUCCUUGAGCUCGGCCUGCACGGACCUGGUGGUGCAGCAGUAGUUACCUCUGAACUGGAUCCACUUCUUCUUUUCGAUCUAUCAACUAUCUUUGCCCUGCUCGCCCCUGUCUCCAUCCGUCCAUCAUUCGUCCAUCCCUGUCUGUAAGUCCGAAAGCCUGUCCAUCCGUCCAUGGACUGGCUGUGAUCCUGGAGGGAGGGGGACAGCAACGAGGAAAGAGUGGAGUUGCAGAGGAAACAAAGUAAAAGAAAGCUGGAUCCAUUCAGACAUCCCACUUCUGAAGUGCCCCUGCUUGCUGUCCUUGAUCCCCCUCAUCCUCCUCCUUCUGUUAUGGAGAAUUAAAGGAGCAGUGAGAGGCUAGGCCAAGAUAGUCAGGAGGAAAAAAAUUAGUAGCCAAAUUCCCCUUCAUUGCCCUUAAAUCAAAUUAAAAGAGGGUUUAUGUGUGUCAUUAUAUUUGCACAUUUUUAAGCUAGAAACUGAAACAGGACAGGACAGGACAGAUAUUCUGACUGUUGAGCACAUGAAUAACACUCCACAAACCAAACGCGAGGAGAACUGAGUUGGACAUACUACAGAGAGAGAGAGGAGGACCAAGAUAGAAAAAAAUCCUUCCUGACAUGUCAACAACAGCCACGAUGGGUGAAAUGGCAAACAGUGCGGUAGAGUUUUAUCCCAAAGGGCCUCGAGGUGGGGGCGGAGGAGGAGGAAGGGCAGAUGGCAGUCAUGCAGGGGGAGACUUCACGGUCACGGUGAAGGAGCUCAGGGAGCUGAUGGAGCUCAGAGGCGCCGACGCCCUGCAAAAGAUCCAGGACAGCUACGGAGACACAGAGGGGCUCUGCCAGAGACUACAGUCCAACACCACUGAUGGUCUCAGUGGGGACCCAGCAGACCUGGAGCGUCGGUGCCAAACAUUCGGCCAAAACUUCAUCCCCCCGAAGAAGCCCAAGACUUUCCUGGAGCUUGUGUGGGAGGCCUUACAGGAUGUCACACUCAUCAUCUUGGAAGCCGCCGCCAUUAUCUCCCUUGGCCUCUCUUUCUACCAGCCUCCUGGGAAGGAAAGUGAAUCAUGUGGGAAUGUGUCGGGGGGUGCAGAGGAUGAAAGUGAGGCUGACACUGGCUGGAUUGAAGGUGCGGCCAUAUUGCUGUCUGUCGUGUGUGUUGUUCUGGUUACUGCGUUUAACGACUGGUCCAAAGAGAAGCAGUUCCGGGGUCUACAGAGUCGGAUUGAGCAAGAACAGAAGUUCACUGUUGUGCGGAAAGGAAAUGUUAUCCAGAUUCCUGUGGCUGACAUGGUAGUUGGAGAUGUGGCCCAGGUCAAAUAUGGGGACCUACUGCCAGCUGAUGGUAUCCUGGUCCAAGGCAACGACCUGAAGAUAGAUGAGAGCUCUCUUACAGGAGAGUCUGAUCAUGUACGCAAGUCUGUGGAUAAGGACCCCAUGCUGCUCUCAGGUACCCAUGUGAUGGAGGGCUCGGGCAGGAUGUUGGUGACAGCUGUAGGAGUCAACUCACAGACGGGUAUCAUCUUCACCCUGCUGGGGGCUGGAGAGAUGGAGGAAGAUGGGAAGGAGAAGAAAGGAAAACAACCUGAUGGAGCUGUGGAGAAUAAUCAGAACAAAGCCAAGAAGCAGGAUGGGGGUGUUGCCAUGGAGAUGCAACCCCUGAAGAGUGCAGAGGGAGGGGAGGUAGAGGACAGAGAGAAGAAGAAGACCAGUGUUCCCAAGAAAGAGAAGAGUGUGCUCCAGGGCAAGCUCACCAAACUAGCUGUUCAAAUUGGCAAAGCAGGUUUGGUGAUGUCAGCCAUCACCGUCAUAAUUCUGGUGCUGUAUUUUGUCAUCAACACAUUUGUCGUUGAAGGUCACACAUGGUUGACAGAGUGUACUCCAGUCUACAUCCAGUACUUUGUCAAGUUCUUCAUCAUUGGAGUUACUGUCCUGGUAGUGGCUGUCCCAGAGGGCUUACCUCUCGCUGUAACCAUCUCUCUGGCUUACUCUGUCAAGAAAAUGAUGAAGGACAACAACCUUGUACGCCACUUAGAUGCAUGUGAGACCAUGGGCAACGCCACAGCCAUCUGCUCUGACAAGACCGGCACACUCACCACCAAUCGCAUGACUGUGGUACAGACUUUCUUGGGUGACGUGCACCACCGUGUAAUCCCAGAGCCUGGACAGAUCAACCCCCGGACACUGGAUCUAUUAGUCAAUGCUAUUGCUAUCAACAGUGCCUACACCUCCAAGAUCUUACCUCCCGAUGUGGAGGGGGGUCUGGCUAAGCAGGUGGGCAACAAGACAGAGUGUGGCCUACUGGGAUUUGUAUUAGACCUACAACAGGACUAUGUCCCAGUCAGAGAGCAGAUCCCUGAGGAGAGACUGUACAAAGUGUAUACAUUCAACUCAGUGCGUAAAUCCAUGAGUACGGUGAUCAAGCUGCCUGAUGGUUCCUUUCGCCUCUACAGCAAAGGAGCCUCUGAAAUCAUGCUGAAGAAGUGUUCCUAUAUUCUUGAUGCCAAUGGAGAAUCGCGCACUUUCCGCCCACGUGACAGAGAUGAGAUGGUCAAACAGGUAAUCGAGCCAAUGGCAUGUGAAGGGUUGAGGACCAUCUGCAUUGCAUAUCGUGACCUACCAUCCAAUCCAGAGCCAGACUGGGAAAACGAGGCAGAAAUAGUGACAGAGUUGACCUGCAUAAGUGUGGUUGGGAUAGAGGACCCUGUGCGACCUGAGGUACCUGAUGCCAUCCGUAAGUGUCAGCGUGCAGGUAUCACAGUGCGGAUGGUGACUGGUGACAACAUUAACACAGCCAGGGCCAUUGCUGCUAAAUGCGGCAUCAUCCACCCUGGGGACGACUUUAUCUGUCUAGAGGGCAAAGACUUUAACCGACGAAUCAGGAACGAAAAAGGAGAGAUCGAACAAGAACGUAUUGACAAAAUCUGGCCCAAACUCCGCGUAUUGGCUCGGUCUUCACCAACAGACAAACACACACUGGUCAAAGGCAUCAUUGACAGCAGCAUCUUAGAACAGAGACAGGUUGUCGCAGUAACAGGUGAUGGAACCAAUGACGGGCCCGCUCUGAAGAAAGCUGACGUGGGCUUUGCCAUGGGUAUUGCAGGGACAGACGUGGCUAAAGAGGCGUCUGACAUCAUCCUGACUGAUGACAACUUCAGCAGCAUUGUCAAGGCGGUGAUGUGGGGACGAAAUGUCUACGAUAGCAUCUCCAAGUUUCUGCAGUUCCAGCUCACGGUUAAUGUAGUCGCUGUCAUAGUGGCCUUCACCGGGGCCUGCAUCACUCAGGACUCUCCUCUGAAGGCAGUGCAGAUGCUGUGGGUGAAUCUGAUCAUGGACACGUUUGCUUCUUUGGCCCUGGCCACCGAGCCCCCCACUGAGGCCUUGUUGCUACGGAAACCCUAUGGCCGGAACAACCCGCUCAUCUCACUAACUAUGAUGAAGAACAUCCUGGGCCAUGGAGUGUACCAGCUGGUCAUCAUUUUCACCCUGCUGUUCAUAGGCGAGCGCAUGUUUAACAUUGACAGUGGCCGCAACGCUCCUCUCCACUCCCCUCCUUCUGAACACUACACCAUCAUUUUCAACACGUUUGUCCUCAUGCAACUUUUCAACGAGAUCAAUGCUCGCAAGAUCCACGGAGAGAGAAACGUCUUUGACGGAAUAUUUGCCAACCCCAUCUUCUGCUCCAUUGUUCUGGGAACCUUUGCUGUACAGAUUGUGAUUGUGCAGUGGGGAGGGAAGCCCUUCAGCUGCGCCCCUCUCAACGUAGAGCAGUGGCUCUGGUGUCUGUUUGUGGGAGUUGGAGAGCUGCUCUGGGGGCAGGUGAUUGCCACAGUCCCAACAGAGCGGCUACCUUGCCUGAAGGAGGCAGGGCUGGGCUUGGAACCUGGGGAGGAGGAAGGGGAGGAGCUAGCAGAGGAUGAGGAGGAGAUUGACUGUGCUGAGAGAGAGCUGCGCCGUGGACAGAUCCUCUGGUUCAGGGGCCUCAACCGCAUCCAGACCCAGAUGGAGGUAGUGAGCACAUUCAAGCGAAGCGGUUCGUUUCAGGGAGCGGUGAGACGGCGCUCCUCUGUGCUCAGUCAGCUCCACGACGUAAACACUAUCUCUACCCCCUCUCACAUGCGAGUGGUGAAAGCAUUCCGUAGUUCACUGUAUGAGGGCCGGGAGAAACCGGAAUCCCGCAACUCCAUCCACAACUUCAUGGCCCACCCGGAGUUCCUCAUCAAUGACCUCAUCCACAACAUCCCGCUGAUCGACGACACCGAUGUGGACGACGAAUCAGAGCUCAGCAGAUACCAGCACCUGCACCCGGCCCUCCGUAAGCCACCACCCCCUCCCACCCAGCCUCAGCCCCCAACUCGCGUUCGACCCUCCCGCCCCUAUCGCCAGUACAGCCUCCCUGUGACCCCGUGCAACCGAAACAACAACAACAACAGCAGCAGCAGCAGCAUCAGUUCAGCAGUCACCCACUGCAACAAAAACAGCACCAACUUAGUUACCUCCUUCAACCGGAGCCCCCGUCACCACCAACGCCAACAUAACCAUCGUGGCAGGGACAAGGCAGUGAAACCCUCUGCCCCUCACCUGGCCCAUCUCUACUGCGUGGAGACCUCGUUAUAAUUGAGCUGAACAUGGGUCGGGGGAGAGGAGGAGGAGGAGAACGGAGUCUUGGGGAAUGGGAGGAAAGAGGAGCAGAAGAGAGGGCUGAGGACUCGCACUUAACAUUUCCAUCCGAUCUCCCUGACAACAAGCUAACAGGAGGGAGUGAAGGACGAGGGCGGUACAGCAGGGAGUGGGCAGUGACUGGAGACUUCUGCUCGCAGCUCUCUGAAAACAUUGCGACUUUCCCUCCCUUUGCCCUUGCUCCAGCCCUCUCAGUCCGACCCCCUGACACCACCACCCCUGCCCCCUCCACCGUGAAACCCAACCACCCUGUCAAUGACCCCACCCUGCCUGACCUCACGCACACUCUUCAUACACACGCACAGGUCUGCUCUCGCUGCUUUGUCCUGAGCGACGGUGGGCUGGGGAGGGACGGGGACGGACAUCCAAAAAAGACACACGAUCCCUCAAUGCUUCAGUAGAACAGGGCCAUGUCAGGGUUAAAGGCUGACUCACUCUUUUUCUAUUGGUGUUCAUCAUCAGUGUUGUUGUCAUUUCCCACCUACAUAUCUACCUGCCAUGGCACGAUAAUCACCACCAUUGGUUGGCUCGAAUCUACAAAAAUCACCACUUUGCUUGCGAUAUAAGUAAAAUGCUUUGUUAAAGCUUUAACUAGACUUUAGUCAGUUCCAUCCCCUGAUUCUUUUAUUUCUCAACAUAAUGGUGCUCAUUCAUUUCUUUCUUUUACAUUGUUACAUUGGCUUAUUUGUUUUUUUCCCCCCUCUCCCUCUGGAAUAUUGCAUUUCUUUUCUUUCAGCCCUCUUUCUCUUUCAGUGUGUGUAAGUGUAUUGUCUUGUCUCCUCUGAAAAAAACAAAAACAUAAGAGAAACACAAAUUGCAAACAAAUAUACUGUUAAUUUAAAUAUAAUAGUAAAUAGAAUGGCUGCAAAAAACUAAAUGAGGAGGGAAUACACACUUGCAUAUUUGCAUACACACACACACACACACACACACGUGCUUGUGUGGGUGUGUGUGUGUGUGUGUGAAAUGUUUGGGAAGCGACAACACAGAACCCUUAAUGUACAUCACUGUUCUUUCUCCAGCCCAACCUGCCCAGUCUUUGAAUCCACAUGACCUGUUAUCUGUAAUACUGUCGACCUUGCUAAGAGAUGAUGCAGUGUGUGGGAUCUCACAUUAAUUAUGAUGUAUACACGUAUACAUACAUUAGUUGCAGCCUCGUGCCAUGUUGACAAACUGACGAGUCGGUAUGGGUAAUAUCUAUGGACGUCACCUCAUGGGUGAUGAAGCUGGAUGACAACCUCUUCCAGUCUCUUCAUUUCUGUUACAUGUCCCAUUAUCGUCUCUCUUGCUGUUCCUCAGUCUAUUGUGUUAUUUCUGUUGAUCACUCACCUCAUCCAUUCUGGUCUUUCAUCUGUUUGUGUGUGUGUGUGUGUGUGUGCAUGUGAGAGAGUGUUUGGGUGGGUGGGUGUAUGUGUGUGUCAGUCAGCUUUUUUUUUUUUGGGAAAAAAGCUGAAUGCUUGUGAAGCAUUAACCCUUUAAAUGCCAUCAAACACAAUGCACAGGCGAUGGCCCUUUAAGAGUAACAUACACUCACCUCAAACCCGCUCCUGCUCACGUGCCAUUGGGUCGUCUCCAUUGUGAACCAGUGCCCUCUCCAUGAGUAUUGUGGACAAUGAGAUUGUUUCAUUUCAUCUGUUGGAUGUUCAAUCUAGUUGUUUUUACAGAGGAAAAAAAAUAUAUACUGUUUGAUGUUGAAAAGCAAACAACCACCGGAGCAAUCAGGCCCAUGUCUAAUGUCAGUGUUCACUUCUAGCUUUAGGCCCAAAGCCCACUCAGAUCUAUCAGGUACAAACACUGAGAGCUUAUGUGUUGUGUCCUUGUGUCAAAUACUGUGCAUUCCCCAUCAUCAUGAUGUACAAUUAGUCAAUUCUGAUAGUCAGUUCUGAUACAGGAACAGUUUGUAAGAUACACUUCUUGAAAAUUUCAUGUAUGCCAAAUAUGAAGUUACCACCAGCAUGUUAGCUUAGCAUAAAGACUGGAAACAGGGGCAAACAUUCAGCCUGGUUCUCUCAAAAGUAAAAAAUAAAACGCUUGCCAACACUUUAUAGCUGAUUUAUUAUUAUUUGAAAGAUGCAACCAUCCCUUUGAUGCUGCUUAUAUGGAUCCAAUUCACAUGCAUUAAAUAAGCCGUCAGGAAUUAUUAUAUAUAAAAAAUGUGAUGUAAUAUAAAUAAUUGUGGGCUAUAUUGUCAUGUUUCUCAUUAUACUGGUUUCUCAUCAUAAUACAAAAUACCUUCUCAUCAUAAUAAUUUGGCCAGUAUUAUGGUGAAAUGGGUAUUAAAUUGUUCUAUGUGGUAGUAGUAUUAAACAGUCUUAAAUUUAACUUGGUGACCCCUGCAGAAACCCUGAAAACCACAUGUAAGAACGCUUUAAUGGAAAGUUAGCAACUGGAAGUCAGGGCUCAGUGACUUCCUUGGAGUCUUAACAUAAGAGUUUGGCCCCAAAUAAAUCCAUGUUUUAUUCUUUGGUUUUUGUGUGGAUCAAACAAAUGAAAUUUAAAAUGUUAAUUAGUGCGCUUUAGAGAUGCUGGUAGAAGGAUUUUUGUUAGUUUCAGAUAUAGUGAGGCUAGCUGUUUCCCCCUGUUUCCAGUUUUUUACACUAGGCUAUGCAGCUACUGGCUUCAGCUUCACAUUAAGCGGGCAGAUAUGAGAGUGGUAUCAAUGUUGACAUUAAAUUCUGCAAGAAAGCAAAUAUGUGCAUAUGCUAAUGUUUAAUUAUUCCUUUAAGACAUAUUAUGUUGAAGUUGUCCAGUGUCUACGGUCACAACACACUGCAUGAGAGCGCUCCAGCAACAUAAAAUUAAAUUCAAUGAUUUUAAAAAAAAAACCAAAACAUUUGGAUAGCCCACCAUGUGACGACCGGUGCAGUGUCCAUCACAUUGUCCACCUCAACAUUCCAUGGAACAUACAUUCCAAACGACCGCAUCACAUUCCAGACUGGGUGUGAGAGUGCUCUCCUGUAUCCCAUGUUGCACUAAGUGUGGGUGAAGCACUGAUUUCAUGUUGCCUAGGAGCGUGACCGCAAUGCAAACCUGUUACCCCUCCCUACCCCCACCCCUCUCUCUUUUGUCCUCCCCUACCCUCCUCUGUUGGCCUGAGUUAGCAACUGGUCUCACCGCCAGAGAAAGGCAAGGGCAGACAAUAUGCAACAGACUGCCAUGUCAACACCUGUACCCAGACUUAGAAUUAGAAACAGAGAUGACAACACUUGCAAACACAGUGAGAGAAUAUGUCUGUUGUGCUAGUUCUGUUUCAGGAUGCACGCUGGGCUCUCUGGGAACACUCUUACCUGUACAGAACUCUGUCUUCUUGAAUGCUCAUCAUCAUCGCCACCACCCUGACCUGACCUGUUAAAGCGGACGGGUGGUGACAUUGUAUUGGUCUGUCUGUUUUGAAGCAUGCAUUUUGGUAUCAUUAAUGUCACUCUUUAUGUGUUGAUGAAUCAUUUAGGCUACUGUCACUACUGUGUGCUAUGAUCUCUCCACAUCUGUUCUCUUCCUCUCUCACACACACAUACAUAUACACACACACACUCAUAUCCUUUCCAAGUUUAUUCUAUUUCAGCACCUCUUAGCACAGCUCUUAAUGCUUUCUGCGGUAUUGAAAAAUACGGACGCACACACGUAUACAUAACACAGCGAACAACAGGUGAAUAACCUACAGUGUUGUAAAUUUGACUGUCCAGUUCCAGCCAUCUCUGUCCUUCCGUCCAGCCACGUUACAUCAUGAUGUUGUGAGACAGUUUCACAGAAGGCAAAACACAAUGUGAAAAAGAAUAUAUUAUAUUUAUCAAAAUUAUAAAUUGUACAACUGCAUCACUACUGUACAGACCGCCCAAAUGUGCACAUGUGCAUUCUUUGAUUUACAGGUACUAUGUUCCUGUUACACUUUAAUUUUUGAUUUUUGUUUCUUUCUUUUAAUCCUAUUGCUUUUGUAAAGAGAGGAACAACAAAAUGGAAGCACUUGUAUAUUCUAAUUAUUAUUAUUAUCAUUAUUAUUAUUAUUAUUAACAUUGUUGUUGUUGUUGUUUAUUUUCUCCACCGGUGCUCCCACUGAUGGAAAAAGACAGUUGCACAUUCUCCUGAGCGUAUUCUGAGGGCUGUGUUUUCUGUCCACUGAACAGCCCCUGAAGUGUGCAGAGGUGUGGAGAUUCUUAUAGUCUCUUAAGACCAGAGACACAACUCUGUAAAUAGAGAACAGGAGAUACAAAUGUACCUCAUUAUGAUCUAAAGGACUGGACAAAGUGGGGACCCAGGGAGGAUGGAGAACCUGGAAUGUGAUGCAGAGCUAGAGACUGCAGAAGUGCAAUGCAUCCAUGCAUUGUUUAGGCUGCUCUUUUAGAUCUGCUACGAGUAUUUACUGUACUGCCAUGUUAUGAUGGGAAGAACUUAAGGUUUUACAUUAUUCAUUAUACAUACUGUUGUAAAUAUUGUGUGUGGAAUGGUCCCCCUUCUUGCACAAUGCAGCGCUGUUCUGCAGACAGAAAAUGCAGCCUUAACUGUGCUGAAAUGAAAAAGACCAAAAAAAAGGAAAAAAAAAACAAAGACUAUUGAAUAUAUUAAAGAGUUACCUGCCUGUUAUUUAAGCGAAUAAAUAUCUAUAUAUGAGAAAGAA